AAAUUUUAUUUUGAUGACUUCAUACCUGACUUUAAACCUGGUGGACGCUGGUUGUAGCUGUUUAGGAUGACCGCCAAGAUGGCAGCCUCCAUGAAAGUCGUGCUCUUCCGAAAAUUUCUCCAAUUUUCAGGGAGGCUUUGGAAACCCAAGCUAUGGAGGAAGUCCGUGACAACACCUAUUGGCGCAGUAUCACAUGCUCGCUCAUUCUCUGUCAGUUCAUACAUGUCUGAUGGUGCUGUUCCAAAACAGGAGAGCUUGCAAAGUAAAGAAGGUGAAAUGGAGACAAAGAUCAUCAACCCUUCAGACCAUGAAGAUUACUUUGGUGUCAAGGAGAUGGUGUCGCUGAAAGAUCUCUUCGAUGCAAAAGUUCACUUAGGUCACAAGGCUGGAUCUCGUCACCAAUACAUGGUGCCGUACAUUUUCGGGUCUCGACUCAAUUGUGACAUUAUUGACCUUGAACAAACAGUUGAACUUCUCCACGACGCCUUGAAUUUUACAGGGCACAUUGCAUUCAGGAAAGGGAUUAUUCUCUUUGUUAGUCGGAGUUAUCAAAUGUUGCCCGAGGUUGAAAAAACUGCUUUUGACUGUGGGGAGUAUUCCCACUGUCGUUUCUGGCAGGGCGGUGUCUUCGCGAAUGCAACGAUUCAGUUCAACGCAAUUACCCGGUUACCUGACGUGUGCAUUUUUAUAAACACCCUGAACCCGAUUUUGGACACGCAUAUUGGGAUAGCUGACGCUGGAAAAUUGAACAUUCCAACGAUUGGUAUUUUGGAUACCAACUGUGAUCCGAGAUUGAUAACGUACCCUGUUCCUGGAAAUGAUGACACACCCAGUGCAGUGCGACUUUACCUGAGAUUGUUCAAGGAUGUUAUAAUGAAAGCAAAAGCCAAAAGGAAGGAACUAGAGGAGAAAGGUUACAUAAUUCAAUUGGAUUAGUACAGACUGUCAACGCUGUGUGUGUAUGGACUGAUGUCUUUCUUCUUCUUUGACACCGAGCAAGAUCUUCAUUGGAAAAACGGCUGUUGCCAAGUGACAAACUGUCAAACGUCCUUCCAACAGGGCAAGAAGUUUUAAGAAUAUUUUGGCCCAAGUAUUCAAUGACUCAGGAGAUAUGUCUUGUUUUUCAUGGAAUAAAAUAGUCUAUUGAA